AUGAAAUCCUCAAGACAAGGAUUAAUCAAAGAGAUGGUCUUGUUGGACAUUGAUAUACAUUGGCAAAGUAUCGGUCAGAAUCCGGGGCGGAAAUAA